AUGUCCAGCAGAGACGGUUGGCUUGAGGCGUUGGCAUGCCACAGGUUGGUGCUCUACGUGUCGUGUUCGUUCGGACUGGAAGUGGUGGAGCUGGCGGAGUCCGCCGUGCGGCGCGAACUGCCAGCCAGCGUGGCCUGGGCCAUGGCGCGCUCCUCGCGGGGUGGCGGCAGCGGCAGCAGGCGCAGCAGGACGUACUGGAUGUGCAGCUGCGGUGGGUGGAACUGGGACUGGCGCACCACAUGCCUUGGCUGUGGGUACGCGGCCCCGCCAUGGGCGCGGGAAGCGGCAGCAGCCAAGACCAAGCCCCAGGCGGAUAAGGACGGCUGGGUGGAUCAGCCGCGCGGGCGCCGUGCCCAGCGGCAGGCCCGCAGUGCUGCAACGAGUGCGGCAACCUCCAAGUCGCAGACCUCGGCGCCGGGCGCCAGUGGGGCGCCCAGCGGCAGCGGCGCCACGGCGAUCGAGAGGCUGCAAGUCGCGGUCGAGCAGCUGGAGGCGCUGCAGGCGGAACCGCCCGACGGGGCCGAUUGCUGCUUCACCGAUGUCGUCGCCAGCCAGUUGGAGGCCAAGCGCGCCGAGCUGGCAGAGGCCCAGCGGGCGGCAGCAGAGCAGAAGGCGUCCUCCAUGCCGCUGUCGGCGAUGCUCCAUAAGGAGGCGAACGCCAUCAGCAAGGCGGAGAAGCGCCUCCGAGCAGCGCGCCAGAGCCUGGAGCAGAAGCAAGAGGCGCGUGGCCUCGUCGAGGCCCAGCUGCAGAAGGCCGAGGAGGAGCUGGAGCAGCUCGACGCGGAGGGGCCAGCCAGGUCCCCAGGGCUGCUCAUGCAGCUGGACAAGCUGCCCGAGGCGUGGGGCUCCAGCAACUUCGAGGUGGCGCGGGCGGCCAUUCGCUCCCAGGUGGAGGCGGUGCGUGCGCAGCUCGCCGAGGCCCCUGCCGUCCCGAGGAGAGUGCCCUGGGCGGAGUCGUGCCCAAUGGACGAGAUCAGCAGCGAGGACGACGACCACGCAGGAGGCUGCAGGCCUUGGCAGCCGCAGUGCGCCGCGGAGCGUGGCCAGGCCGAACGACGCGGCGACGCCCGCGGCGAGUGGCCGAAGGUCGCCCAGGCUUGCAAGCGGGAGCCGGCGGCCGAGGCUGAGGACCUGGCCCCUCUUGCAGCUCGCACUGCUGGCCGCGCAGCUGGGGGCCGCGGCGGAGGCCUAGCUGCGUCGACAGCUCAGAAUGUUCGCAGCGGGCUGGGGAAGCUCGGGUGCAACGGCAACGCUCGGAGGAGGGGCCUGGAGGCGAUCAAGGCCUUGGACUCCCGCAACAGGGGCCCGCUGCACCUUGUGAUGCUCCAGGAGCCCUACCUGGCACAGCGCCGCCUUGAGGAGGCCAGGGGGGCAGCGCGGCGCAUGGGAUAUACGGAGUUCCUCCACGCGUCGGCGCCGACGGACAAGAAGGGCCCGCGGGCGACCUCAGGCGGCGCAGCGGCCUCGAGGCAUUGCUCGAUUGGAGUCACAGUGUCCGCUGCCUCAGGCCUGCCGCUGCGAGCGUGCUCGCUGUGCCUCCAGGGCGCCCUGGGACCCGACAUCCACGCCAUUUUCGGCGACACGGAGUACAUGAGGGCCGAGUCCGAGCUGCAGGCGCGCCUCGCCGAGUGCGCAGGCCACGCAGUCCUGAUAAUGGCGGGCCUGAUGCAGACAGGCAUGCUGCUGCACAGGCUGAUGAAGCGGGGGCUGGAGGCGGCGGCGACCAGGCGUGCAAGUGUUGGCACGCCAUGGAAGCACUGUACCUCCCCCUUCGGCGCGGUGGUGCCGACCCGUGCGCGGAUCGGCUGGCGCUUCAAGUCCGAGCGGCGCAAGGUCACGGACCCUGGCGUCGAGCUAGACCUCAUGCACCUUGGCGCUUGGCGUGCAUCCGUUCGUCACGAGAUGCGGAAGCUCAGCCGCGGCACCUGCCUGCAGCGACCACUGCAAUGGGACGCCAUCGGAUGCCUGCUCAGGCCAGACGGCAGGCCCAGAGUGAGGGAGCAGAACGCCCUCGGGGCCUACAUCUCCAACGCGCACUGGAGGCAGGCCAGGCUCCUUGAUGUGCUGGAGGCCCAGCGGCGCGGCAGAGUGUCGGCACGGCUGAAGCAGUGUGCGGAACGUGCGCGGGCCCUAGGUGACCACGCAGGCGACGACUUCGGCCGCUGCUGGCUGCCCGCGCCAGAGCCACCGCAGAGUCACCACACCGACGCCAUGUGGGUGCGAUGGGCUUGCAGGCCAGCCGUCGAUAAGUUCGACGGCAAGCUGUCCCAGUCCGGAGCCGUGCGCUGUGAGGGCUGGGCCAUAGCGCAGUGUGACGACGACGGCAACCUGGGGACAGGGCUCUACGGCACCGUCUGGUGCUACCGCUGCCCGCAGCAGACGGCCAAGGACGGCGAGGACCUUGCUGCCUGGAUGCUCGCGACCUUGGAGGGGCCUGCAGUGGAGGAAGUCAACAUCGACUGCAGCUCCGCAGAGUCCUGCCUGCGGAGAGGGCGCGCGGACGCCGCCGCGCCCAGCAGGGCGAACGCCCACCUUUGGCGCGGGAUCCUGGCAGCCUUCGAGCCAGGUGCGUUCGAGGUGAACAAGGUGCAAGGCCCCUGGCUGAGGCAGGCAGUGCUCGGCGGGCUCCUGACGGAGGCCCAGAGGCACGGCGUCGAGCACGCCGACCGCCUCGCCGAGAUGGGCGUCCAGACGCAUGCAGUGAACAGGUGGGCGUUUGGCGUGCACCAUGCGCUGGCGGAGAUCAUGCAGGAGCUCGGGCGCGGGGCCUGGUGGGCCGCCAUCGUCGGGCAAGGCAUCGAGGCCAGGGAUCGCGAAGAGCUCCCUCCUGCGGCUGAGCGGCGCCACGUACGCUGCGCCGACGCCGAGGAGGAGUCCCAGGCAGCGGAGGAUACCACGGGCGAGGAGCCGAAGGCCGAGCGGCCACGCCUGGAGAGCGCCCGCUCGACAGGCAGCAGCUCGGCAGCCCUCUCGGCCAGUGCAGUUGCCUUCAGCGCACUGGGACAUGCCUUGUCCUAUGCCUGCGCUGGAGAAGGGGAGGACACCCAGGAGCUCGUGGCAUGCUCCAAGUGCGGCGCCUACACGACGCUGGGCGGCCGCUCGGGGGUCAGGCCUCGCCUCAAAGAGCGGUGCCCAGGCGACAAGACCGACGAGGGCGGCAGGAACCAGCGCAGCCUGUGGCGACGAGGACUCCACCCUGGAGGCAAGAGGCAGGAGGUGUCACGGGCUGCCAGACACAGAGUGAACGGAGGGGGCAUCCCAGCAUUGCGCUCGCAGGGUCCAGUGCCUGAGCACGCGCAGGAGCGGCGCAGCUCGCCGCCGCGGCCGGCCCUGCAGGCGGCGCCCAGGAGGACGGCAGACUACCUCGACAGACCAGCGAGGCAGACCAGCACGGCAGAGUUCUACCUCGAAGUUGAGCGGGGGUGGCGCCCAGAGGAUCUCGGCCGCCCAGGUGUGGUCGAAGUGCAGUGGAAGCCCAUGCCGAGGGCCCUGACCCUGACCUUCAGGCUCGCGAUUGCGCAGGCGGCGGGCCCCUCCGCGGCGCUGAGGGACCGCGGUGGUGGCAGGGGUCUCGACUUCGACGACGAGGCGAGGAAGCUGUGGGCGAGGCUCAACCUUGACCCCUCCCAGGUCAGCGGUGGCCAGUAUAAUGCGCUCGACCCGCUCUGGAGACACCCGCAGUCGGGCGGGACCUUCUUCGUUGGGAACCAGACAGCGGCUUCGCAGUUGAAGUCUUUCCAUUCUCUACCAUCGAAUUUUCACAUCACGCACGUGGUGAACUGCACGGACUCGAUGCCGCUGUACCACGAUCGGCCAGACGGGCCCAUCAAGUAUUUCCGGUUCGACAUCUGCAGCCAUGGCAGGAGGGCGCACUCGGACGCGGAGGCCGUCGCCUUCGUGGAGCCCAUGCUGAGCUUCGUUGGGGCGGCGCUCGCGCGCGGCCAGAACGUCAUGGCUCCCUCCCUGCCUUGCCCCUCCGCCGGUGGCCCCGCCCCUCCACUCCUCCUUCCGUCUAUACCGCACCCCCAUCGUCGCGGUGCACUGCCUGGCGGGCGCGCACCGGGCCGGCACGACCGGGGUGAUCUGCCUGAUGCACUUCGCGGGCCUCAGUGCCCGGGAGGCGGUGCCCAUCGCCAAGAGGUGCAGGCCCAUCAUCCUCCCGGCCCCCGACGUCGGCGACUUCCCCCAGCUGCUGAUGAAGCUCGAGCGGGGCUGGCGGGCGUCCGGACGGGCGGGCCCGCCUGGCAGGGGCCUCGCGCCCGCCGCCUCUGCGGCGGGCGCCGGCCCUGUCCAGGAGCCGCCGAGGCUGUGAGAGCGCCUCGCGGGCGGCCGCGGCAAACGCCGCCCUCCCGCGCGGGCCUCCGCGCGCGCCGCCGGGGCCCCCGCCGGGCCGUCCCGCGCAGGGGGCGCUGCUCUUUAG